GCGGCCCGCUCCCUCCUCCCGCGGGCGGGAGCUGGGGCCAAGUGGGCGCGCCCGGCCCGGGGCGGGCGGGAUCCGGUGUCGGCGGCAGCUGCCAGUGCGGCGGGCGCGGGCGCGGAGCGAGCGGCCGGCGGGGCCGGCUAUUAAUAACGCGGCCGCCCAGCCCGGGGUCGCGCAGCCAUGGCCAGCCCGGAGCCCCGGCUCGAGGGGGACGGCGCCACCCAGGCCGCGAGAGAAACAAGAACGGAAGCCAGUUCUUCUCUCGAAGAGAACUCUGAAUCCCCGAGUGAGGUGGGGACUUUGAACCCAGAAGUUACUCUGUCUUUGGAGGGGACCUUGAACUUAGAGGACAUUCUCUACCUGGGGGACACAGGUGACCUCGAUGAGACACUCUUCGUGGAAGAGACGGAGAAGCCUGAGGAGGCACUGUAUAUCGAGGAGACCAGGCAACCAGGGGAGGCCCUGGAGAUGGACGAGCCUAUGAAGCCAGAGGAGAUACUAUAUGUGGACGAGCCCACGCAGCCAGAAAAGACCACAAGCCCAGAGCAGACCAGUUCCGGGGGAGAGACGGUCACGAGCGAGGAGAAACCCAGCCCUGAGGAGAGCCUCCAAGCCGGGCCUGGUCCCAGCACAGACAGCCUGAGCAUAGAGGACCUGGAAUUGCUAGAGGAGCGUUUCCAGCAAUGUGUCCAAGCUGUGGCCCAGCUGGAAGAGGAGAGGGAUCAGCUCAUCCACGAGCUGGUGUUGCUCCGGGAACCAGCCCUGCAGGAGGUGCAGCAGGUCCAUCAGGACAUCCUGGCCGCCUACAAACUGCACGCCCAAGCAGAGCUGGAGAGGGACGGGCUGAGGGAGGAGAUCCGGCUGGUCAAGCAGAAGCUGUUCAAGGUGACGAAGGAAUGCGUGGCCUGCCAAUACCAGCUCGAGUGCCGCCGGCAGGACGUGGCCCAGUUUGCCGAUCUCCGGGAAGCGCUGACCACACGGGCAGCCCAGCUCUCGGAGGAACUGGCCCAGCUCCGGGACGCCUAUCAGAAGCAGAAGGAGCAGUUACGGCAACAACUAGAAGCACCUCCCAGCCAGAGGGACGGGCACUUUCUCCAGGAGAGCCGGCGGCUCUCUGCCCAGUUUGAGAACCUCAUGGCAGAGAGCCGCCAAGGCCUGGAGGAAGAGUAUGAGCCUCAGCUGCUGCGGCUCCUGGAGAGGAAAGAAGCUGCCGCCAAAGCGCUGCAGAAAACCCAGGCCGAGAUCCAGGGGAUGAAGGAGGCUCUGAGACCCCUGCAAGCAGAGGCCCGGCAGCUCCAGCUGCAGAACAGGAACCUGGAGGACCAGAUCUUGCUCGUGAGGCAGAAACGAGAUGAGGAGGUGCAGCAGUACAGGGAACAGCUGGAGGAAAUGGAAGAACGACAAAGGCGGUUAAGGAAUGGGGUACAACUCCAGCAACAGAAGAACAAAGAGAUAGAGCAGCUAAGGAUCAGCCUCGCCGAAGAGCUCUCAACUUAUAAGGCUAUGCUAUCCAAGAGCCUGGGACAGGCUAACGCUCCCACUUCUCAGACAGGUGGAAUCGAGACACAGUCUCAAGGGGCUGUUUAGAAACAUAUGGCCAAAUCUGCAAUCCAGAAACAGCAACACAAAACUUCUUAGCAAAGGAUCACUAAGUAUCCUCUGGACAUACUUUUUUUUCCAAGAGAAGGGAGUGCCAGGGACUUGGCAAGCAAUUCACCCUGGGAAAGUUACAAAUACUGGCUGACCUGUUUAAAAAGAUUCUAAGGCUGGCUGGAGGCAGAACACCAUCAGUCAAGGCUUAGGUGGAGUCUAUUUCAUAGGCUGCUGGUACCAAGCUAAAUGCACUUAGCAACGGAAAAAGAAGCCUUCUGUUCUCCAGCAGCAACCCCCACGUGCGGAGUAAAGGAUGGAUGUAUGGACACACUUUAGUGUUGUGAAGAAUGUAUCUUGCCUUGUGUUGACCCAAAACAAAAACCUUUUUUGGAGCACAGGUAGGGUCAAAAAGGCAGCCGAUUUUCAUUAUAUGGGUUUACAAUUUGAAUUCUUUUGUGCCAUGAGUAUUAGACUUUAAAAUGAAUCCUUUUACAAAGUUUAAGUCUGUGCAGACUCAUACAGUUUACUCCUAAUUCUGUGAAGAUAAUUUUCGCUAUACUCUAAAAGAACUACUGACUUGGAAAAAAGGAACCAAUCCAGAUUUGAACCUAAAGGUUAAGAAUACUCAGAUUUUCCCAAAGACUGUGUCUCAUGAAAAUGAUUCUGGGUCAGAGUGAUCUACUCAGUUAAAUUGAGUGCCUGGCAAAGAACCAGGCAUUUUAUCUGGUUAUGGUACUUAGUGAUAAAGGCUUUCAAGAGCCUAUUAUUUCUAACCUCUAAGUACAGACCCCAGUGAAAAAUAUACUGGGGAGAUUCAACCUCUCUAUGGGAAAAGGUUCAAACACCUUUUCCAAAUUUAAAAUUUGCCUUAAAUGCUCUCUGCCACAUUGCCUUUGACAGUCUUGAAAGUCCAUAUAGUUCUCUAGAGAGACUUCAAAAAGAUGUGAUUUUAUCAAAGACUAAUCCUGUGCCUCUCGGGUUCAGCGUUUUAUGUCUUGCACUUUCCCUGGGAAGGAGUGAACCUCUUUUCUCUAGCUCUGGGUCUAUUAUAUUUAAUUCUGCUCUUGAUAGUCAAAGACCAGAGACAAUUACUGUCCUCUGAACAACCCUUCGAGAAGCCAGACUGGUGUUUGAUGAAUGUUAUGUACUAAAUAAAACCCAUCAGCAUGGGGUUACGUAGAAAAGCAAUUUAUUCCAUUAUAAGCACUUACACAGUUAGUCAUGGAGAGUAACAGGCCUGCUGGUGAAACAGGUCACCCAAAAUAGAGAUGGUACCAAACUAGUGGUCAAGGACUAACUCCUUUAAAAAAAAAAAAAAAAAAAAAAAAAAAAAAAGCAACUCUUAUCCAGGAUUAAUUUAAUUUUAAAAACAAAUACAAGCUAUCAAUUCACUCUUCUCAACUCAACUGGACAGUCUACCUGUGGUAUAACUGUCAGGUAAAAACAUACAUCUUUACAACUUGGUGGUCCCAAGUUUUUUAAAAAAACCAUUUCACAGAAAGGAAAGAAAUAUGAAAACAGCUCAAGAAAUACACUAACAAGCAAAAAUAUAUGGGGAAAGAGGAACACAUAGGUUUGACUUAACUGAAGAAACAGGGGAGACUGGUCUACAUAGGAAAAUGUGCAUCCUGGAAAGUCAGGUGUGAAGAUUUCAGAAGAGGAAUUUAUAGGACUUGAAUCUCCCCCAUUUCCUGAAUAAAAAUGACAUCGUGUGGUAUUUAUA